CCUGUAUUUGUCCAACGGUCCAUGAAGGCACCGCGAGGUUUGUUGUGGUCCUGCGGAGCUGUGUCCCCUGCCAGCCAAUCAGGGGCCAGGACGGGAGAGCAGGCGUGUCAUGUGACCACUCCCUCGCCUCCGCCCCCUCCGCUGAAAGUCCGACCGUCUCUCCGGUUUGAUUCAUUCCCGCUGAUCCGCUGAUAACGGUCCCUGCUGCUGGUCGGUUCCUAACGGUCCACACUGCUGCCUGUGAUCCGGUGAUAACAGUUCCUAACGUUCCCUGCUGGUGCUCCGUUAACGGUUCCUAACGAUCGGCUCCGUUCCUCCGGUUCGAACCAUGAAGACUAAGUUCAUUAACGGCGUCUCCUCGUCGCCCUCCCUUUCUCUGGGGCUGCUGGUGACGCAGAACGCCCUCCAGGUGCAGCCCGACGCCCAGGGGGACUCCAAGGAGCCGCUGCGGGCCGAGCAGAGCCCGGACCUGGACACCCGGCGGAGGGCGUUCCGGUGGUGCCGGGAGUUCCUGCACGGAGCCUGGAAGAGCGUGACGGAGGAGGAGUUCGGCAUCUCCAUCAUCAGAGGAGGUCUGAGCAACAAGCUGUUCCUCUGCAGCCUCCCAGACGGACGAGCUUCAGUCGGAGACGAACCCAGAAACGUCCUGCUGAGACUCUAUGGAGCCAUUUUACAGAUGUCCUGUAAUAAAGGAGAGUCUCGACAGUCCAACAAAGAAAACCACUUCCAGGGCGCUGAGGCCAUGGUUCUGGAGAGCGUCAUGUUCGCCAUCUUAGCUGAGAGAGAACUGGGACCGAAGCUCUACGGAAUAUUUCCUCAGGGACGUCUGGAGCAGUACGUUCCUAGCCGUAAACUGGACACGGUGGAACUCAGAGACUGCAGCAUCUCCGCUGAGGUCGCAGAGAAAAUGGCCAAGUUCCACGGGAUGAGGAUGCCGUUCAACAAGGAGCCUCAGUGGCUGUUUGGGACCAUGGACAAGUAUCUGAACCAAGUCAUGAAGCUGAACUUCACCAGAGAAUCGCAGCUCCGUCGAUUCAACCGACUGCUGAGCUACGACCUGCAGCGGGAGAUGGACAUGCUAAAGUCUCUGUUGGAGUCGACUCCAUCUCCUGUCGUUUUCUGUCACAACGACUGUCAGGAAGGGAACAUCCUGCUGCUGAAAGGCCGACAGACUUCAGACAAACAGAAACUGAUGCUCAUCGACUUUGAAUACAGCAGCUACAACUACAGAGGAUUUGAUAUCGGGAACCAUUUCUGUGAGUGGAUGUACGACUACAACUGUGACGAGUUUCCCUUCUUUAAGGUGGAUGCCCAGAAUUACCCGUCCAAAGCCCAGCAGCUUCACUUCAUUGAGAAUUACCUGCGUGAGUUCGACCCAGGAUUCCACAACCUGAGCCCCGACGACCAGGUGAAGCUGAAGGAGGAGCUUUAUGUGGAGGUGAACAGGUUCUCUCUGGCGUCUCACUUCUUCUGGGGUUUGUGGUCCAUCAUCCAGGCUCGACUGUCCACCAUCAAGUUCGGAUACCUGGAAUAUGCUCAGGCCCGCUUCGACGCCUACUUCCAGCAGAAGAAGAUCUGGGCGGUGUAACGGAGCGACCCGAUUGGACGGUUAACGCCAGGUUCGGCCUGACGGGUCGAUCAGAUUCACGCUUUACUUCCUCCUCGCCUGUCGGAGGAUCUGCUGCUGACCCAAACCCUGUGGGUCGUUGCUGAACGUCCGUCCCACAGUCCUGAAGGCCCAAACACUAGAAGUUCAACAUCGAUACUAACCUCCAUCCAAACCAUAGAACAUUACUGAUGGAGACGGUGAGAUUUAGGCCUGAGUGGCGUCUUUACAGAGAAGUGGAGGGUUUCUAGAGUUAGAACAGAUCGCUGGGAUGGGUUUCUGUGCAGUUUAUGCUUUUAUAUUGUCUGAUUUCUUGCACAGUGUUGGCUGAUAGUGGAGGGCUGAGCACCAAUCUCAACCCUCCACUAUCAGCCAACAUCACACAACUUGGCAGCAUGAAUGGACCCCAAAACACCACAAGUCACCAAAAUAUCCAUUGAAGCACUAAGAAACUGCUGUCACCUUAAGUUUUCUUUAAUAAAGGCUGCCAGUGGAGGGUUUAGCAGCUAAGGUUGGCCAAAAUGUGCAACUUGGCAGCACAGAGUGAUGCCAAAACACCCAAAAAGUCUCCAAAAUAUCCUUUAAAACGAUAAGAAACUGCUGUCAACUGUCUCAAAUGUGCAGAUUUGUCCCAAAUGGCCCAAAAUCACAUAAAAAUGGGUCAAAAUGAAGCAAAAAUAUUCCAAAAGUAUUCCAAAAUUAUGCAAAAUUUUUCAAAAAUUGUACAAUUUUACCCCUCAAUGACAAUAAAAUCGUGCAGCUUAGUAGCACAAAGUGACGCCAAAACACCAGAAAAGUCUCCAAAAUAUCCAUUGAAACAGUAAAAGAAACUGCUGUCAAUCAUCUUAAGUACACAAAAUUUGUUCAAAUGGCCCAAAACCACAUAAAAAUUGCUCGAAAUGAUGCAAAAAUUAACCAAAAAUGAUGCAAAAUUGCUCGACAAUUGUUCAAAUUCACCCAGAAGUUGACAGAAAUCAUAUCUUUGAUGAUUUAUCUGACAAAAGUUUUAAAAACAUUCAAAGUGUCCAACAUUUUACCUAAACACCCCCAGGUGUUCCCGAACUCUUUGAAUUUUCUUCCCGACUGUUGGUCUCAGCUGAGUGAUGUCCAGCUCCACAGUUCCACCAACAAGUGCAGAAUUUUUAUGUUUUUUACUAAAUGUAGUGAGAAAAAAGGAUUCAUAUUUGGUGAAUUUUUACCGAGAUCUGAAAUCCUUUUAAACUCAGAUUAGGGUCAUUGUUACACGUUACAGGAUAUUAGUUCAAGGACUAUGUGAAAGUCUGUUUUUCUAGUUUCUGGUUGAUAAAUGGUUUGUUCUGGAUUCAGAGGGUGAAUUAGUUUUUUUAUUGUUUUACUGUUUAAGGUGUGUUUAGUAAAGAUGUGAGAGCUGAAUCUCUCCGUCUAAUCAGAGCUCAUGUUAAUAACUGUGAUUCAUUCAUCCAGACGCCGUUCCUACCUCACCUCAACGCCUCGUUUUCAUCGUUUUAAUCAUUUUCAUCCAUUCAUCUCCUGCUGCUGAGAAAAACAUCACUUUGAAAAUGUGAAAAUUAAUGAAAGUUUACUGUUUGCUGACAUUUAAUCAUCUGUGAUGUCAGUUUAACACCAAUCAGCUGUUACAAGUAUUUCAUGUAACAGAAACUGACUUCUGCUAAACCGACGUGCUUUUCUUUCUUAUAGCUAGGGGGCGCCUUACAGCACAAACACGGCAGAUUCCUUCUCCAUUUUCAGCCAUCUAGUGUAGCUUUACCAACGUUCAGCCACAGGUUUAAUGGCUAACUAGCUAACUGAGCUAACUUUACCAACACAGCUUUGUUAAAACAUCAUGUCCAGCCAACUCUUUCAUGUUUCCAGUAAACGUGUUUCCGAGAAGAAUCCUAUGGAAAAAGAGUUUUAACGGAGAUCUCGACCGCUGCUUGAUGUUGUGCUAAAAUGCUAAAGCUAACUAAAUUUCUGAUCCUCGUAUGAGACACAAAACACUACAACUACAUAUUGUUCCAAAUUUAGUUUUUUUAAAUGCUUGUUUAUCGGUCACCAAUUAGCUAGCUAAGGCUAAUCUAAACAUGGUCACAGUUAGCUUCAGCUAAAGCUAAUUUAGUGACUUUGUCAUGCUGUUUUCAGUAACAGGGCAUUUAAUUUAGAUUUUCCAACAUCCUGGAUGCUAAAUUAGGAUGACGCUAAUCAUAAAAGACAAAAGUAAUAUGUAGACUCUAGCUAAACACUAACUAGCCUAGCCCAGCCUAGCUUAGAUGUUCAAUUGCUGACUACAGUAGUGAUUUCAUUGAGCACUUAUGUUUGUCUUUAUGGGAAAUAAUCAGCGUUGUGCAACUUGUAAAGCUUCUCUAAAGUCUGUUUUUCUGUUCAAAAAACUACAAAUCAAAUCACAGUGACUCCAGCUAGCUAAAGCUAGUCCGAGUACAGUCAGCUGUUUUUAGCUAAACAUAAUUUACUGAUGUUUCCAUGCUGUUUAAAUCUUAGUAAUUGGAUAAAUAAGGCUAAACCUAAUGGUAACAGAGAGAAGUAACAUGUAGAUUCAUGCUAAACACUAACUAGCAUAAUUUAGAUGUUUACAGAAAACCUAAAUAGCUAAAUUAGUGAUAUCAUGCUAAAAUGCCAAAUAGGUAAAAAAAAAAAAAAAACAAUUAAGGAUGUUUUACAAACCAAAACAUAGUGCUACGUAUUUGUAGUAUAAUUUUGAUUAUCUGUUUUCUUUUAAACAUAGAAAAAAUAAAGUAAAAUCCAAAUCACAGUGGCUGCACCCCCUGCUAAUUAAAGCUAAUUAAGGCUAGUCAGAGUUGUUCAGUUAGCUUCAGCUAUAACUAAUUUUCUAAUUUUUUUUCUUCUGAUGUUCCAACAUCUUACUAUGUUUAUAUUAUACCGAAUAAAUAUCGCUAAAGCUAAUGAUAAUGGGGAGUAGGAGUAGCGUAUUGAGUCAUGCUAAAAAUUAACUAGCAUAAUUGGAAUGUUUGCAGAAAGCCUGAAUAGCACACGAAUGAUAUCAUGCUAAUAUGCUAAAUAGGUUAAAAAAUGUAAGGAUUCUGUUUUACAAACCAAAAUAAAUGACUACAUAUAUCAUACCAAAUAAAUAUUGCUAAUGAUAAUGCAGAAAAGUAACAUGCUGAGUCAUGCUAGAAGCUAACUAGCCUGCUUUACAUGGCCGAUCACUGAUUUCAUCUAACUGUUUUGUCAUUCUAGGAGGUCAUUAAAUUAAGGAAAAUCCUUUUCUUACAUCUUCACUGUUAUUGUUAGCAUUAAAAGGUGCUAUCGUUAGCCUAAAAGUGCUUCUGAACAGUGAGUGAAUAAUAUAAAGCUAAUGUGCUAUGAUUGUUUUUAUUGUAGCGCCACAAGCUAAUGAUGUUAGCCUCAGUUUGAAAUCAACACUUCAGGAACAGCUAAUUAGCUCGAUGUGCUAGUAAGUUGCUAAGCCAGAACUGGACAAUAAACGGCUGUUGGAUUAGCAGGUUUAGCAAAAGUCAGUUGAAACACUGUCACCAAUGAUGACUAAACACUACGAAACACAGAAACACUGAUUUAGAGCUGUUUUUAAAGCUACAAGCUGUAGAGACUGAGUUAGCAUGUGGCUGUAGCCGUUAGCAUGUGGCUGUAGCCUUUAGCAUGCUUCUACUAAACCAAGCUGUGCCACGUCAACUCGCUCCUUCCUGUGAAGUUAAAGUGAAUUUGUUCUUCUGGGUGUUUUCUCUGUGACUUUAAAUGAAACCAAAUGAAAAUGUGAUGUGAAGCUGAACUAAAACUCAGCUGAUGAUGUUUUAAUGUCGACUUUUAGAGCACUUUUACGGAGCGAACACUUAAAUAAAAACUUUACACCUGUCUGAACUAUGACUGUAGGUGGUUAGAGUCUAUUUUACUGUAUAUUCCUUUAAAUGUGUAGUUUGUUUUCUGUAUUAUGGGAUGUGGAGGGAAAUACUGGAACAUCUUUUACAUCUCGACGGUCUUAAUUUUUUUUUUUACAUUUUCUUCUGCUGAACCUGAAUUUCUCUGUCCUUUUUCACAUUGUAUUUCUUUUCUAAAUGAUCUGAUUUGUAAUUAAAGAACAUUCCAUCUGUGUUUCUUCACUUUGAGUUUGACUUUGGACCAAAACGACGAUAAAUUUGGCUGCAAUUGGUUCUUGAAAAUAAUCUAAAUGAGAACAAACAGCCUCACUGAUGCUUCUGUUGACCGUACGUAACAUUCACUGAUAAACGCUUAUUAAAUCUGAACGUAUAAUGACUUAUAACGAUAUACUCACAACUACAGACUGUAUUAAAUAACAUUAAUCAUAAUAGUGUGUUAAAUAAUGAAGAAAUGAACUCGGCUGUAAAUUUAUUGCUUUGCACAAAUAAAAGGUAAAAAUGAGACAAUGA